UCGCUUCCUGGUGGCAAGGGCACCAUGGCGCUGCCCUGGCCGCAGCGCGUCGAGCUCGCGCUCUUCGUUGCCUGCUUCCUGUGCGGGGCCGUGGCGGCCGCGGCGCUGACCCGGACCCAGGGCUCCUUCAGUGGCCGCUGCCCCCUGUAUGGUGUGGCGGCCCUGAAUGGCUCCUCGCUGGCCUUAUCCCGUCCUUCGGCCCCAUCCCUGUGCUACUUUGUGGCUGGGGUCUCUGGCCUCCUGGCUCUUUACUGCCUCCUGCUUUUGCUCUUCUGGGUCUACAGCAGCUGCAUCGAAGACUCCCACAGAGGCCCGAUAGGGCUCCGCAUUGCACUGGCCAUUUCAGCUAUAGCCAUCUUCCUGGUACUAGUGACUGCGUGUAUUCUUCGAUUUGGCACCCGUUCUCUCUGCAACUCCAUCAUCUCCUUGAACAUUACAUCUAGCUGCCCAGAAGCCCAGAAAAUUUCAUGGACACCCCCGGGAACCGCCGUGCAGUUUUACUCCAAUCUACAUAAUGCUGAAAUCUCUUCGUGGGUGAAUCUGGUAUUGUGGUGUGUGGUCUUGGUGGGCCAGGUUAUGCAGUGGAAGUUGGAAGCCACCCCAUACCGGCCGCUGGAGAAGGGGGACCCCGAGUGGAGCUCUGAGACAGAUGCUCUCUUUGGGCCUCACCGUCCCCAUUCCUGAAGAGUAACCAGACUGUUUCCUGCAGCCCUGCCCAAGUGCCUGCAAUCUUCCUGCCCCCUUGCAGCCCCACUGAUGCCGGAAGCCUGUUUUCCUUCCACAAGGGAAACGUGGUGACAGCCACUUCUCGUCCUGUGGCUGUUUUUGUACCAAAAUAUUAAAUGACUUUCUUCCUUCA